AUGGAAAACUACAUACAACAAGCAAAAACAGAAGAAAAAAAUACAAUUCAGUAUUAUGUCGACAAAUGCAAAUUAUUUUACGGAAUUACAAUGUGCUGGGUUAAUCUAACCGCAAUUGCUAUAAUCUUAGGACCAGUACUUCUAUCUCAGCCCUUUCCCAUCGUAGUGCGUUAUCCAUUUCAUGUGAACUAUCAGCCGCUAAAUACUAUUAUCUAUCUGCAUCAUACGAUGGCCGUUUAUCAGAGCAAUGUGCAUGUUUGUGCUAAUGUUUUCUUAGCUCUUUUGCUUUGGUUCGUGGCGGCUAGGUUUGAAAUUUUGUCGCACAAGUUCCAGCAAGUUACUAACUUCUCGGAGUUCAUGAUCUGUAUAAAGUUGCAUCAACAACUGUUACGAUAUGCGAAAGAUGUUACUAGGGCUGUUAGAUACAUAGCAUUAUCAUCGAUAGGAUUCAGCACCUCAGCAGUGGUAUUUAGUGGUCUUAUCUUUUUAAGCAAAUCACCGUUAACCAUAAAGGCUCAAUUUUUUACUGUGGCUGCAUCUUCGCUUGUAGAAGUCUUCAUCUGCGCAUGGCCAGCUGAUUAUUUGUUGAGAAUGAGUUAUGAUAUUAGUCAGGCUGUGUACCAUUCCAUAUGGUACAAUAAAGGAUUAGCUCUGCAAAAGGAUUCGUUGUAUAUUGUGUUGCGAAGUCAACAGCCUGUAACUGUUACCGUUCCAUGUAUGCUGCCCACUCUCUCGCUUAGUUACUACGCCUCAUAUUUGUCAACGGCAUUUUCUUACUUGACGACCUUCCGAGCAGUAUUUGUAGAAAAUGACUAA